AUGGUUUUCUUAUUUACAAAACUUUUUCGUAAUAUUGUUCUUCUUGUUGUGGCUUUUAAUUUGAUUGGUUACUACCUUCGCUGGAAAAAUUACAACAUUCUAGCCAAGGACUUUAAGACAAUUGCAGCGGCUGCAGCAAGUAAUAAUGCUCUAUCAGCAAUCUCAAAAUUCCAAUCUGAUCUCAAACGUACAUACAAAGGACAUACGCUGAUCGGAGAUUCGAGCUGGAAUCCUCUUUCUAUGGGCGGACUUCAGCUUCGUUUGCAACUUAUUUAUGCUACUCCAUUUGAAGCGUAA